CUGAAAGUAAUCGUUUGUUAAAGACUUCUUUCAGAGGCCUACACUAUCUGAUCCUUAUUUGUUCAGUUUAAGCUUGUAAAUGAAGCAAAGUGAAACAGCAAAGCUAACAAGUGGGGUUCCUCAAUCCAAGCUCAUGGAUUGAGUUUGAGCUCGUAAUUCGCAAUGAAGCCAGUGUUUUUCAGCGUGACUGUCCUGCUCAUUUCCUACAACUGUUUGAGCGAACACAUUUACACAUAUUUCGGUCUGGUCAUCUGCUUCAUGCUCUGGGCUAAAACGGUAUUCCACGCAGAAAAUGGCUUGUCGGAUGGAUUCGGCCGGGCGGUGUUGAUUACAGGUUGUGAUAGUGGAUUUGGACAUCACCUUGCAAAGAAACUGGACCGCAUGGGCUUCACUGUGUUUGCCGGAUGUUUAUGUCCUGAGGGUCCCGGGGCUCAGAGUCUGGUUGAAGAAGGCUCUGACCGUAUAAAGGUGCUCAAGCUGAAUGUGACCAAAGAUGAAGAUGUCAGCUUUGCCAAGGAUUUUAUGCAAGCAAAUUUGCCAGAGAAAGGUCUCUACGCUGUGGUAAACAAUGCUGGAAUCAGUGACUGGGGAGAGACCGAGUGGAGCACUGCCAAGGACUUCCAGAACAUGACUGACGUUAACCUCUUUGGUGCCAUCAGAGUCACCAUCCCAUUCUUGUCACUCAUUAGAGCAUCCAAAGGUCGUAUGUUAUAUGUGUCCAGUAUCUUUUCUUUCUUCAACUGUCUGAACAUGGGAGCAUACAGUGUAUCCAAACGGGGACUGGAAGCAUUUGCAGACUGCUUGAGAGUAGAGAUGGCCAGUUUUGGAGUUAAGGUCAGUAUUAUUCAGCCUGGAAAUUUUGGCAUAGCCACAAACAUUCUGCACAAGAAAACCCCACAAGACGUAUGGGAUGAAUUUGAUGAUGCACGUAAACUAACAUUCAACAAAAAAUACAUUGAGAUGGCAUGUGAAUAUUUUAAUUCAUUGUGCACUUCAGGAUUUAAAGAUUGCUCUAUGGUUAUCAAUGCCAUGUUGCAUGCUCUCACUGCUCCCAAACCUCAAACCCGAUACCUGCUUGUUUCCUGGAGAGAGAUGUUUUUUUUCUACAUAUGCCCUUUUCUCCCCACUUUUAUCACUGAUUCUGUGUUUCAUGUAAGUUCGAUGUAUCGCAAGCGUAAAGUAAUGCUUUACUCAUAAUUUGUUUUUUCAUAAUCAGACUACGAGAGCUCGCUUUACAUAGACGACUCGAGUCCUAAGUGUUGCUGUAAGACUGAUGUAACUCUAACAUGAGACAUGUUACAAAGUUUUUCUGGACAGUUGUACACAAAUAUGUUCUGAGACAUUCUUUACUAUAAAUGUAGGUUAUGUACUCCUUUCCCUUUUCUUUCUGAGUAAAAACAUAAACUCUUUAUCAUAGAUAAUCUUGCUGAAGAAUUUAUCAUAGGCAACAUUAAAAGGAC